AUGGAAAAGUCAUCUAAAUUACCCUGCGCCAAAACCCAGGUGAAGUAUAACGCGGGAUGGAGACGCAUCGUGCGAAAUUUCAGUCCGUCAUGGUUCGCGGUAACUAUGGGCACUGGCAUUGUUUCGGUGUUGAUGGUAUCGAUCCCUUUCGAUACUCCAGUGCUCUAUUACUUGUCGAUCGUCUUCUUCCUACUCAAUGCGGUGUUAUUUACUCUGGCUUUCAUUACUUCCGUCCUCCGAUACACCUUAUAUCCUGAAAUAUGGCAGGUGAUGAUUCAAGACCCAACCAAUUCGCUCUUCUUGGGGACAAUCCCGAUGGGCUUCGCUACACUCAUUGAGAUGUGGGUGUUAGUUUGCGUGCCAAUCUGGGGCGAAUGGGCCAAAACAUUUGCAUGGGCUUUAUGGAUGAUCGACGUGGUAGCAGCGGCUUCUGUGACUUCGUCCCUAACCUUCAUUUUAAUGUCUCAGCGCCAUAUCACCUCGCUAGAUCGGUUCACUGCGGUACAAUUAUUGCCAAUCGCAGCGACUAUUGUGGCAGCGGGUACCGGCGCCGAGGUUGCUCUUAUCUUAGCAGACAAGCACCAUGCGAUGGGAACACUCCUCGCCUCAUUUAUUCUCUGGGGUAUGGGCACUCCGAUGGCCAUUGUGGUAUUGGUAAUAUACUAUCAGCGACUAGCAGUGCAUAAGCUUCCACCGAGGGAACUGAUUGUGAGCUGUUUUCUACCACUGGGGCCUCUUGGCUUUGGUGGGUUCGGCAUCGUUUACAUUGGGAAGGUAGCACGGGUAUUGUCGCAGGAUUCCCAGUUCCUCGACCCUAUCGCAGGCCACAUUGCAUAUGUCUUGGGUGUCUUCAUAUCCCUCCUCAUGUGGAGCUUCGGCUUGAUUUGGCUCGUAUUUGCCCUAGCUACCGUUCUAUACAGCUCUCCGUUUCCUUUCAACAUGGGUUGGUGGGGAUUUACGUUCCCACUUGGGGUGUAUUCCGCAAACACUAUAGAGUUGGGCCUUGAAAUGGACAUCAUGUUCUUCAAAGUCCUCGGUACCAUCCUCAGUGGCGCAGUGUUGCUAUUAUGGGUGUUGGUUGCAUCGCGAACUGUACACGGAGCAUGGCGCGGAACCCUAUUUUAUGCUCCAUGCCUACAAAACCUGGCAAUAAAGGAAGAGGGGGCUGAGCGAGAUGAAGAUCGGCGUCGGGCGUAA